UCACACCCUAAAAAUUCCACAAAGAAAGUGCUAACCCUCUCCUUUUACCCUUGAAUUUGUUAUGUAGUUAAAUAGCUAGUGAGAUACUUAUUUGUCACAUGCUAAGGAAGUGCUUGUCCAAUUCUAUCUCAAAAAUCCCUCCAACCCACAAAUAGUUUCUUUGUGCUUACAACUAAGCAAAGCUCCAUUCUCUUCUCUCCCUCUCUCUCUCUCUCUCUCUCUCUCUCUCUCUCUCUCUCUCUCUCUCUCUCUCUCUCUCAAUUUAUGAUCUUGAAGGAGAGAGAAUUAUUUUGUGACAAGAAUUGCUUCUGUUCAUAAGGUUUGAUCAUGGGGCCUAAGAGAUCUACAAUACUCUUUGUUCUCGUCACCGCGUCGAUCCUCUCGACUUCAUUUGCAGGAGGGCAAAGGAGAUUUUUAGAGAAAUAUGCAGUGAAAGUGGAAACAAAAGAAAUUACGAAAACGCCGUCGUAUGAAGAUGAAGUUGUUGUUCGCGCGAGAAUUCUGAAAGUUCAAACAAAUGAUUAUGGAAGCUAUGACCCUUCUCCAAGUCUUGAGAAGCCUCCGUUUAAGCUUAUACCGAAUUAAAUUAAAUGUUGUUAUAUUUAGUACCAUAUGUUAUGGAAUAAUGAAGUGAAUUAUAUAUAGUUCCAUCGAGCAUCAGUAUGCGAAAAAUGUAGGAAUGUUGUUGUAUACAUAUGCAAUAUAUAUGUUUUGUGACUGAUGUGUACUUGUGAGUAAAUUAAAUUGCAUGCACUUUAUCA